UCUCACGUCCGCGAAUGGGGACCGGUCGGACGUGACCCUCGAUCGCGCGAUGAGCUGCGAGUGACCCGUGCUGGGGGGGUCACAUCCGCCGUGUGCGAAUACUCAUCGGGGUUUACGAGAGAGAGAGAGAGAGAGAGAGAGAGAGAGAGAGACAUGCCGAGCUGCCGACAAGGAGUGACUUGGUCGCGUGGCCAGGUCUUUCUCCUGCUGCUGAUUUGCGCGCUCGUCGCCAUCGCUCACCAAGAGGAAACGGUUCGGUCCUGGGACAAGCUCUCGCAGUUGAUACCAACGAAUUCAGUGUACGAGAAGCAAGACCCAAAUGCAUCACCGUCCAGCAACGAGGCUGAUGCAUCGCUGGCGCCGAGGGAAAACAAUGUGAUGAUGGACACAUCGAAGGAGGGAGGCGAUCAUGAGAAAGAGAAGGAAGGGGAGGAAAAGGAAUCUAAGCUGACGUAUGACGUCGAGGAAUACGAAGAUGAAGAUAAGCACGAAAAGGAAGAGCUCGAGGAAGAGCUCGAGGAGGAGGUGGAAAAGAAAGAUCUUCCUGAUACUGAGAAUGGCGCAAUGAAGAAAGAGAGAUCUCCACCGGAAACUAGCAGCGUGUCGAAUACUGAAGCGGGAGACAAGGAUGGGGAUUAUCUCGAAGAUCUCCCGACGAAUCAAGACGACAAUACGUAUUAUUAUUAUGAGGAGUACGAAAAUGGAAAUCGUUCUCGAUACGACGCCGCAGAAGGCGAAAAUCUCGAUUAUCUAGACACGGAAUCCGAAGAGGAGGAAGUCACGCCGGUGAACUCGUCAGAAUCGGAACACAGCGCUCUAGAAAAGAGAGAGGAAGACGUCUCGCAUGAAUCGACUUCUAACUCGUCGCGAAUUGUCGAGAAGGAAGUUAGCAGCAUGAGUAAUCCGAUAUCGUCGACAGAGUUUGAGCAAGGCUCGUCCAUGGAGGGUAGCGACAAAACGUUCACUACGCUCGGCACGGGAUCCAGGAAAGAGGAUCCUGAAAAUGUCUCCGCCGAGAUCAGUCCUAUUUUAAUAGGUGGGGCUGUGGUCUCCGUAGUGACUACGAAGAGUGUGGUGAACGGUACAAUAUCGGUACCGACGACGGCCUCACCAGCUACCACAGAGCAAGUUCCGUCACCACUGUCGUCGUCAUCACCCGAGAUAACCGACGAGGAACACCCAGAAGUGACUACGGAAGACUCCGCGAGAAUCCUGGCCUCCGUGCAGACCAGCCGCAGCAUAUCGGGCGCGCGCUUUCUGCCGUUUCCGGUGAUAGAUCGCGUGGAGCAGGUUGAAGCGCAGAACAAAAAGACGUUGCAACCACCAUCCACGGAGAGCAUCAUUGAUAAGCUCGAUUGGGCGCAGUCCAAGUUAUCUAGCGAUCUUCUUCCAGCGGCCAUCCUCGGCACCGGUGGCUUCCGAAACAACGGCAAUACGUUGCAACUGGAUGUGUUAGCCGAGCGAGAUCGCACCACGACGACGGCGACGACUCGCAGGAGUUUUACGACCACGGCCAAGGUACCGGUCAUCGGCAAGUUCAUACCACGACGUUACAACGACAGAAAACUUAAUCACACCAGCACUAAUACGGCAAAACCGCGAUUUGAAACUACGCUUGACACUCUGGAAGGUUUGCUGCCUCGAAAUUACAUGUUGAGAGGAACUACUCCGAGUGCAGUUUCCAAGACAAAUUUCAGGUGGCCUUCUUCGAAACCAACGACAUCCACGGAAACAACAGAGACAAAGAUCACAUCGACGACACUACGAGCGACACCUAAAACUAGCAUUGUUGUCCAAAAUAUUAGUGCAUUCCUGCCUUCAGGAUACAAAUUAAAAAAAGAAGAUGCAGUUGUCACGGAGAGUUCCCUCCUCAGCGAAAUCCUCGCCAAAUCUAAGGUCGACAUUUCGUCUCUCUUACCACUUGGCUAUGACAAGAAGAAAGUCGAGGAAGAAUCCAAGUCAAGAGAUACCACAACGUCGACGACAACAACAGCAAAAACGAUAACAACGAAAAAUACAGAUAUCUCUCAGGAAAAAAUAGCCUCAUCUAUCCAGGAUCUUUUCGCGUCUUCUAAAGUCGAUAUUUCCCCUUUGUUACCUAAAGAUUACGAACAAAGAAAGAGAGACUUUGUUCCAAACAGUAAAGCUACUGGUGACGCAAACAGCGAGCAGAAUACGACAGUCACAGAACGAACUGAUUCCGAGUCGCCUACUACGAAGAAAGCCGGUGGCUUGAAGAUUGUAUUUCCCAGUAGACCAGGCGGUCGCAAGCCGAUCCAAAAAAUAACCACUCCGCAGACACUACGUGGAGAUGGUCCAGGUGCGAUAACACCAAAAAUACAAAAGGGAUGGCCGACCCGAGCUACUACAGAGUUCACUGGAUGGCCAACUCCGUCCACCACGCCGAUCUCCAUCGAGAAAUUAUUGGAGGCAGCGCGCACAGCUACCAUAGCGUCAGUAAACAUGUCGGUUAUUCCCAGUACGAAUGAAAUCUCGAGUACAUCAUCAUCGCCUUCGACGACGACGACGACAACGCCAAGACCGACUACUCCUGGUAUAUGCGAUGAUGAAUGCGAGGUUGCCGGUACAAUACGUAUCAUCGGAAAUGCGACGUGGGUGCCAGAAUUGUUCGAUCGAAAUACUCGCGAGUGGCAAGAACUUGCAAAUCACGUGGAACGAGAAAUGAACUUUAUAUUUUCUAAAUCCAGCGUUUUAAUGAAUUGGUACAAAAAUAUAAGGAUCGAUUCUUUCAGUCAAGGCAGCAUCCUAGUAGACUACUUUGUCGAGCUAGCUAAUUUAGAGCAGAAAGUGAACACGCAGGAAUUAAAAGUGAUUUUCCAUGACUCGCUCAGGACAUACAAUGCCAAUCGAUGGAAUGAAACAAGUAUGAAGGGUCCACUAAGGAUGGGAAUAUUUACUAUCGAUCCUAAGUACACUGAUUUCGUAGUCAUACCUAAAGUGAAUAUGCCGCAGUAUAUUGAGAAGGAUGAUAGAUUGAUACCUCAGUGGGCAAUCGCAGUAAUAGUGAUAGGUGUGGGAGGUUUGCUAUUUAUUAUCGUGUUUGGUGUGUCUGUGCUUGUCAACAGGCAAAACGGAUCGAAACUGAAGCCGACUAUGUCGGCUAUUUAUGAUGAAGAAGUAGUUAAGCACGCGUCGAGUCACAGGUCAAGUGACUAUUCGAAACCAGUAGCUCACACGAUAUGGACCGAUCCUGACGUUUCUUGGAAUGACAAAUCUUUCGAAUCGAAUUCUAACAAGAUUUUGGUCGACAAAUCCUUCCAGGAUAAGAAAUACAAUAUGUAUGACAGUUGGCGAUCCGAAUGGAACGGUUAUUAUUACAAUCCCUCGCAUACGAGCAGCAAAUACGGUUACGAUAGUACUACGAAUUUGUCGAGCCGUCAUCAUCCCGAUUAUGACACGAAUUUCUAAACGGCAAUAAACUGCAAUUUCUUCUAUCAA